AAAGGGCAAUUUCUAUAAGUUAACCCUUUUGGAAAUAUUUGUUUUUGUUUUCCUUUUUUGAAUGACUUGGGUUUAAUUUUCCUUUUUUUUUGGGAGUCUGUCGUCUGAAUUCUAAAACCUUUUUGUUUUAGGAUAGAGUCUAGCUACUCUAUAAAUAGGGACUUCGUGUAAGAUUUAUCGUUGUUCUUUGCAAGAUUUGUUCUUCUUCUUCGACAAAUAUGCUCACUGAGAAAAACAAACAGUUUCAUGCCGACCAUAACGCUCAAGAUGCUUCCCCGGCAGAGUGGGCAAAGAUUCGACAUAGGCUACUUGCGAUGCAAGAGAACAUUCAAUCAGGCUCUGACAUUGACGCUAGAUCUGAUGAUCCACAGAUGUGUGGACUUUAUGUCUCAGAUAUCUACGAGUAUCUCCGUGAAUUAGAGGUGAAGCCAAAGCUAAGACCUUUAGAUGAUUAUAUGGAAAAGGUUCAAGAAGAAGUAACACCAAGCUCGAGAGGUGUUUUAGUAGAUUGGUUAGUGGAAGUUGCUGAAGAGUUCGAACUCGGGUCUGAAACAAUCUAUCUCACUGUCUCUUACAUCGAUAGAUUCUUGUCCUCAAAGACUGUCAACGAGCAAAAACUUCAGCUUGUAGGAGUUUCUGCAAUGUUUAUUGCUUCGAAGUAUGAAGAGAAACGUCGUCCUAAAGUGGAGGAUUUUUGUUACAUUACGGCUAAUACAUAUACGAAACAAGAUGUGUUGAAGAUGGAAGAGGAAAUACUUUUCGCGCUUGAGUUUGAACUAGGAAGGCCUACGAUCAAUACUUUUCUAAGACGGUUCAUAAGGGUUGCACAAGAAGAUUUCAAAGUGCCAAACUUGCAGCUAGAGCCUCUUUGUUGCUAUUUAUCAGAACUAAGUAUGUUAGAUUAUAGUUGUGUGAAGUUUGUUCCAUCUUUGUUGGCUGCUUCUGCUGUCUUUCUCGCUCAAUUCAUCAUCCGUCCCAAACAACAUCCUUGGAGUCAAAUGUUAGAAGAAUACACAAAGUACAAAGCAUCUGAUCUACAAGUGUGUGUGGGAAUCAUGCAUGACUUGUAUCUGAGCAGAAGUGAAGGUGCUUCAAAAGCUGUUAGAAAGAAAUACACGCAACAUAAGUUCCAAUACGUUGCCACAAUUCCUGUCUACCAAGAGCUGCCGGAUACCUUUUGGGAGGAUGUUACCAUUUGAUCAGAACCAAUCUUCAUUUGGCAAUUGUUACUGAGCUCGAUUACCAAAUCGCGGUCCGAUAGUAUAAGAGACAAAGAUCAACAGUUGAAGCUAGAGGAGUCAUAUAUAUCUAUUGAAAGUAAAGGCAAGAGCAAAUAAAUUGUGUUGUGAAGAUGUAAUGUGUUAUUUGAUUUUUAGUUUGUUUACAAAUUAGUGUGUUACCCUCGAAAUAAUAUAAUUUGAUAUGAUUAUGAUAUAUGCAAUAUGAUAUAAGUAUUUGUGUGACAUGAUUUUAUCUUGUUUAAUCAUUGAGUCUCCUAUGAUAUAAUUUAUUAAAGUUAAGACCAUCUCCAA